AUGAGGGAACAGAUGUUGGAGCCCGACGUCAUCAGCUACAACGCCGGGAUCAGCGCAUGCGAAAAAGGCGGACAGUGGGAGCAGGCGUUGCGCAUGCUCAGCGAAAUUCGCUGUGUGAAACUGGAGCCGAACCUCAUCAGCUACAGUGCGGGCAUCAGCACAUGCGAGAAAGGGGAGCAGUGGGAGUGGGCCGUGUCGUUGCUGAACGAGAUGUUGCGUUUGAAGUUGGAGCCCGGCGUCAUCUCAGCUACAAUGCUGGGCUUAGCGCGUGCGAGAAAGGCGAACAGUGGCAGCGUGCCAUGUUGUUUCUCAAUUCGAUGCUUGACGCGCGGGUGGAACGAGACGUCAUUAGCUACAGUGCUGUGA